AUGAGGAAAGACACCUUUGGGAGGAUCAUUUUGAUGCUACUUGGCUUGUGUUUCAUCUGGUACCUGAGUUUGUCAUAUGUCUUCCUGAGCAACAGUGAACAGCUGGCCGCCAGCACGACCGGUCACAACAGACUGAGGCAGCAUGACAAAGUGGAGACAAAAAGCCCUAAAGCAAUGAGGAGGGGUAUUAUCAAGGUUGUGGAUGAUCUCCUGGACCUCGUAGAAUCCUCUGACAAUAACUCUCCCCCGCCUCCCUCGAGGGACUACAAAGAAGAAUUUCAGUCACUCCAGAUUAAAAUGGAGGAAGAAAAAGAGAAAGGACAGCUGAGGAAUGAGAUGACUGAGGACCUGCGCUCUGAUAAACUCCAACUGCAGCAAGAGGUGGCUCACUUAAAGAAACUUCUGCAGCUACAGGAAGAAGCUGUCUCUCCCCCGCCUCCCUUGGGGGACUACAAAGAAGAAUUGCAUUCCCUCCAGAUUAAAAUGGAGGCAGAAAAAGAGAAAGAAAAACUGAAGGAUGAGAUGAUUAAGAACCUGCGCUCUGAUAAACUCCAACUGCAGCAUCAGGUGUCUUUUGUGGAGAAACUCCUGAAGCCAAAGGAAGAGAAGGAAGAGAAGAAAGUCAAAACUGAUGAACAAAUCAAAGGGGAUGAAAAUUGCCCACUGCCACCCUUGGAUGGAUACCCACACUGUAAGGACACAAUUAAGGUGAUGGAAGAUAUAUGGAGGACUGAUCCUUGCUACAGCAGUUAUGGGGUGAAUGGGUCUCUGUGCUCCAUCCUUAUCUACCUGAGUGAGGUAGAGACUUGGUGUCCAGGGCUUCCUGGCCGGGUGAUUCCUGUAGUAGUUGAAAACCCAGAGAUUCUGGUGCAUCCUGGAGCACUGACAAAAGAAUCAGGUUUUAAAAUAACAGACAGUGCCUUUAAUGGGGGCCCCCUUGGGGAACUAGUCCAGUGGAGUGACCUCAUCUCCACACUAUACAUCCUGGGUCACCAUCUUAACCUCACUGUCACCAUACCCGACCUCAAGCUUUUUCUAGGGGCUCAGAUAGGUGGCUGCCCAACUCCUCAUUUACAUGUUGAAGCAAACCUGAUCUAUACAGACAUUAUCGGUUUUAAACAGAUAAAGACAGUACUGCAGGCUUCUUGGAUCAAAUACAGGUGUAAGUUUCGUAUCUUGGACACUUUCGGCACGGAGCCAGACUUCAAUCAUGUAGCCUGGGCCAAAAAGCACAACUUCAUGAGUCCAUUUGGCAGCCUGAACAUGAUCCCAACGCAGUUCUACACCAUGUUCCCUCAUACACCAGACAACACAUUCCUGGGCUUUGUGGUACAGCACCAGCUGAGCGCUGAAGAAACUGAGCGGCUAAAGUCUACCAAAAGGCAAAACAGAGCACUUGUGUAUGGCAAGAGGGCCACGUUUUGGGAGGGUAAAGGAGAAUACCUGGAGGUUCUCCACAAGCACCUGGAGAUCCAUGGGACGGCGGACCGCACCGAUAGGAUCCCAUCAUAUGUGAUAAACCACGGCAUAGUCAGAGGCACCGAGGUGCAGGUCCUGUUGAGACAGAGCAAGGUUUUUGUUGGAUUGUCGUUCCCAUAUGAAGGCCCCGCCCCGUUGGAGGCCAUAGCCAACGGCUGUGCUUUCCUGAACCCCAGGCUACACCCUCCGCAGAGUAGCCUGAACUCAAAGUUUUUCAAGGGAAAGCCCAACAUCAGAGAGGUGACAUCCCAGCAUCCUUAUGCCGAGGCAAUAGGAGAGCCCUACGUGUGGAUGGUAGACAUGCACAAUUCCACAGAUGUGGAGAGAGCUCUCACUGCUAUCCUCAAUAAGACUAUUGAGCCCUACCUUCCAUAUGAGUUCUCCUGCGAAGGGAUGCUCCAGAGGGUCAACAUCCUGAUUGAGAAACAGGACUUAUGUAAAAGCACAGGGAGCUGGCCCCCCCUGAGCGCGCUCCAGGUUGUGAAGGCAGGGGCGGACACUUCCUGUAAACAGGCGUGCCAGAAGGCGGGGCUUAUCUGUGAACCUGCAUUCUUCCCAAAUCUCAACAGCGCCAACAAUCUUGCCACCCACAACGUAGAUUGUCAAACAUCAGAGCUCUCUGACAGCAACUUGGUGUUUCCGGCCUACAACAGCAGCAGUAAACACUGUGUGUUCCAGUCCGACCCUUUGCUCUUCAGCUGCGUGAGAUCAGACCAGUCCUUGAUCCGCAUCUGCCCCUGUAGAGACUAUAUUAAGCAACAGAUAGCAUUAUGCAAAGCAUGUAUCUAA